UGCUACUGUCGAUGUAUUUCGCAUCUGGAGAAAUACCGAUGAAUGGUUCCGAAGUAAUAAGCAAGCAUGGUUGCCAAAAUCAGUGUGGGAAUGUUCGCAUACCCUACCCGUUCGGUAUUGGUCCAGGUUGUUUCUUAGACAAAACUUUUGAAAUAAUUUGUCAGAGUUUCCUCGAUUCCACCAAGCCAGUUCAUCUCCCAAAUUAUAAUAUCUCAGAUAUAUCAAUACUCGACGGACAGAUGACAACCGAAAUUUACAUCGCCAGCGAUUGUCCAGGUAGGGAAAUACCUGCGUAUUAUAUGACAGGUGGGUUCAAAAAAUUCACCUUCUCUGAUACAAAAAACAAGUUCAUUGGUAUGGGUUGCAAUACCUGGGCAUAUCAAAAGUCAGAUGAUAAUGUAUCUAUUAGUACUGGAUGUUUGUCAGUCUGCGAUAAAAUAGAAGAUAGCACUGAUGGGUCUUGCAAUGGUGUCGGUUGCUGCCAGGCCUCCGUCCCAGCUGGACUACAUUUAUUAAACUUCAGUGUUGGAAGCAUGUAUAACGCCGGUAGAAGCUUGAGUUUCAAUCCAUGUAGUUAUGCUUUUAUUAUUGAAGGAAAAUCGUUUAAUUUUUCUUUGUCAUAUUUCAAGGAUUUCCUAAAUAAUGGAUCUGGAAGUGUUCCAGUGGUUGUUGAUUGGACGGUUGGUUUUGAGACAUGUGAUGUAGCUAAAAGAAACUUGACGAGUUAUGCCUGUGGACCUAACACGGACUGUAUAGUACCCGCAGGCAAUAAACUUCAAGGUUAUCGAUGUAAUUGUAGAUGGGGCUAUACAGGGAAUCCUUAUCUUCAUAGUAGUACAUUUGGUGGUUGUCGAGAUGUGGAUGAAUGUAAGGAGAUAUGCAAGGGACCCGGAGGUAAAUGCGAAAACACAGAAGGGAGCUACAAAUGUGUUUGCAACAACGGAUAUAGUCAUGAAGUCAGAGAUAAUAUCACAUACUGUAUUCCCGAGAAUCACGGUAGUCUUCCAGGGAGUACUCAGAAUAAUAACCCUAACAAGAUUGUUGUCGGGGCCUGCCUUGGCUUAUUUCUUCUACUUCUGAGUCUUGUGACUGGGUUCUGGAUAUACUGGGGUUAUAGGAAAAGAAAGCACAUGGAAGUCAAGGAGGAAUUCUUCAAGAAAAAUGGAGGAUUGAUUUUAAACAGACUGCUUGAUGAACGGGAAGAGGAUGUCGAGGCUAGUAGAAAUGGCAGAGUAGAAAAGAAGCAUCGAUCAGUUGCUACAAUAUACACUGAAAAGGAGCUGAGCAAGGCGACUAACAACUAUCACGAAAGUCAAAUUCUUGGACGAGGAGGUUUUGGUACGGUGUAUAAAGGAACCUUAUCAAAUGGCGAAGUGGUUGCUAUUAAGAAGACGAAAAUAGUCGAUAUGAACCAAAACGAGCAAUUCAUAAACGAAAUUGCGGUUCUAUCACAAAUCAAUCACAAAAAUGUGGUUCAGCUCUUGGGUUGUUGUCUAGAGAGCGAAGUUCCUCUACUAGUUUAUGAAUACAUUGCUAAUGGGACCCUUCACCAACAUUUACACGAACACCGUGAGAACCAAACCGGUUCUGCUACUCUUUCAUGGGAACAUCGGUUAAGGAUAGCCUCAGAAGUUGCAGGAUCAUUAGCCUACUUGCACGCUGAAGCUUCCAUACCCAUAAUCCACAGAGAUGUCAAGUCAAGUAAUGUACUUCUAGAUGAUGAUUACAAAGCAAAAGUUUCAGAUUUCGGUGGUUCGAGGUUGAAUCCUACGGAUCAGGCUCAGUUAAGUACAGUAGUUCAAGGUACUUUUGGGUACUUGGAUCCAGAAUACAUGCAAUCAAACCAGUUAACAGACAAAAGCGAUGUUUACAGCUUCGGCGUUCUUCUUGUGGAAUUGCUAACAGGAAAAGCAGUAUUUUCUCCACACAGACUUGAAGAGGACAGAAAUCUGGCAAGUUAUUUCCUUUCUUCUAUGAAAACCAACAGACUGUUUGUGAUUCUUGAUGAUAGUUUGGUAAGAAAUGAUAAUGAACGAGUCAGUAGUGUACGUGGGCACCAACAGAUCCAAGAAAUGGCUGAACUAGCACAAAAAUGCUUAAGAGUGAAGGGAGAAAAAAGACCUUCAAUGAAAGAAGUAGCAGUGGUGCUUCACGGAUUGAUGAGGAUGUCUUCCAGUAAUCCUUGGGUCUUGGAUGACGAUGAGGACAUAAACGAUACAACAAGCAAAGAAGAACGCAUGCUCUUGUUAGAAUCAGCUGAAUUGCUAUCUUACCCAGAUAGCAUAACAACAAUUGGUGACAGCAGCAAAGGUAUAUCAGCCUUGCAAACUGAGGGACGCUAAUGCGUAUAUCUUGCGCACAUUUAGAAGAAUCAUUUUCCUAUUUAGUAGUGUAUGGUAAAAGUUACUUAUAGGUCCAGUCGUCCAGACUAGAAUAAACUAUGCAGUGUUCAAGUGUAUUCUCCUUUGUGCUAAUACUCAAUUGCUAGGGUGGUUAUAUUU